AUGGAGACCCACGGGAUCCAAGUCACGGCCUCUACCAUUGAACAUUCGGACAUUUCUAUACCAUUCACCCAAUCUGUUGCUGUAGACAACAACAUUAAUGGCAACCCCGUUCAAAACAACACUCCUCCAGACUCCUCAAACGAAACACACACCGAGAUCAAUCCUCACCAACCAUUAAAUCAAAUGUACACUUUCAAAUCCUCUCCCACCACAGGCAGCUUAAGUGCUAGCUCUGUUCCAAAAUCACUCGCCGUCUCCUCCACGAAACAACGCACCGCUCCAGAACCAAGAGCCUCAACUUUCUCACAGCAGGACAGCGAAGAUACUGAACCUUUCAAACAUCCCGCCAAACGUUCGAAACGCCAGAACAAGCCCAGAGAUGACCAAGACAUUGAUUACCGCCACUUUUUAGGAUCAUCCUCGCCUUUACUAUCAGCCAUCCAAGGACCUCGUGCCGAACCACCAUCAAAUCAACCAUCGGGAAGCGCUGCUAUAAAAUCAGCUAAGCAAGCAGCUGCUAUGGAAAACGACUUCUACGACGCCUCGCAGGAGAGUUUGAUAUCUCCAAUGAAGCCAAAAGGGCCCCGUCAACCUCCAACUCGGAGUCGGCGGAAAAGCUCUCGGUCUGAUAGUUUCAACCGGGAAUUGGCGAAGGCUCUGAAUGGUCCUCGUCUGCUGUCCUCGUAUACUAUUGCUGUGUUUGAUGCGUUGACGAUUGAUGGGGAGGAUGAGGAUGAGGAUGAGGAUGGAGAUGGAACGGGGUAUGAGGGGGAUGGGGAGGACGAGGAUAGUGAUUGUGUUGGGGAGGAGUGUGGGAAUGCUCAAGCUGAAAUCUAG